CCUCUGGUGGGGGUGUCGCGGAGGAGAGAGCUGCGUCUAAAGGGCUUCGCUCCUAACCGUGCCUCUAUGUCAGAACAAUGAUUCCACCAGGAGAAUGCUUGUAUGCUGGGAGAAAAAGGCGAAAACCUGUUCAAAAACAGAGGCUCCUGCUUGGGAAUGGAAAGUCUAAUCCUUCAAAGAGACACAGAGACCGCUUGAAUGCCGAACUAGAUCACCUGGCCAGCCUCCUGCCUUUCCCACCAGAUAUAAUAUCUAAACUGGACAAACUCUCUGUUUUGCGUCUCAGUGUCAGUUACCUUAGAGUCAAAAGCUUCUUUGAAGUCAUUCAAGAAAAGCACUUGAGAAAACAAGCAAGCCAGGGAAUAAAAGAAGCUGGCUUACCCAAGGAACCUGCCAUUCCAGAAGGUGGAUUCUUACUAGAGUCGCUAAGUGGUUUUGCAUUGGUCGUGAGUGCUGAUGGAAUGAUCUUCUAUGCAUCACCAACAAUUGUGGACUAUUUAGGAUUUCACCAGACUGAUGUAAUACAUCAGAAUAUAUAUGAUUAUAUUCAUGUGGAUGACCGGCAAGAUUUCUGCAGACAACUACACUGGGCCAUGAAUCCACCACAACUAGCACCUGAACAGCGUGUGCAGACAGAGACAGGUGAAGAAUUAAUUCUUAAUACCAUGUUAAAGGCACAGGAGAGUGAGAAUAUGCUAACAGACUUUUCAUCCUUUUUAACACGAUGUUUUACUUGUCGAAUCCGCUGCCUUUUAGACAGUACUUCUGGCUUCCUUACAAUGCAUUUUCAAGGAAAACUGAAGUUUCUCUAUGGGCAAAAGAAGAAGUCAUCAUCAGGAGCAAUAUUACCACCUCAACUGUCCUUAUUCUGCAUAGUUGUUCCACUUCUGCUUCCUUCUGUCACCGACAUGAAGUUAAAAGGCCUUUUUGUGAAAGCAAAAUGCAAAUCUGAUCAUUUAGCCACAACAAAUACAAACUCAAAUACUGUUUCUGGACAGUAUGUGGCUGAUUAUAAUAGAAGACAUGUUUUUCAAGAAGGAAAGAAUAGAGAAAAUGGUAUUUCUCUGAUGAAGCUGCAAGCAAAUGAAGACCACUGGGUUUGGAUUCAGGCUGGUACUCAAGUUCAGUGCAGAAAUGGUUCUUCAGAAUAUUCCAUUGUUUUUCCUAAGGAAGACAGCCAUCAGAAGAUACCAAACAGCAUUGCAAGCAUGAAAGGAAAUAGGGAAGCAUUGGGACAAAUGAAACAUAAUAAGUGGAUACCAAGAAAAAAAGAACAGGAUAGCAUAAAGGUGAAGUUUGAGCCUAAUACAGAUGACAAUGAACCUUCUAUUCAGCAAGAAUUUGUUAAUCCUACUCUGUCACUAUUUGGUGUUCAGCACAGUAACAGUGGAAAUGGCAUUUGGACUUCAAGGAAUCCAUCAAGUUCUUGUUCUAGAAGUCAGCGUAAUGAGAAUACAUGUUCAAAUAAACCUCCAAGACCUUUCUUCAACAGAGACCAGCACCUCUUCAGUUUAUCAUCAACCUGUCCUUCCCACUGGGGUGGCAUAGAAAAUUGCCAGCCUUAUCCAAGCUUGCAGCAAUUCACAGCCAACAAUUAUUCAGGAGAAUACAUGAAAUUACAACGCCCACCAGUAUCCCCAGAAACUCUGUACAACGGGGGGUUAACGUGUAACAUGUUGAUUAAAACUGAGAAUGAUUCUGACUCAGAAAAUAUAGCUAAUAGUUACACCAUUUCACCAAGCUGUGUUUGGAUUGAUGAAAAUAGCACAGUGAAAAAGCAGUCAGUCCAUUUUCCUUCUAGGGUCCACCUUAAAACAGAACUAGAUCACACUGAACAAUCAUCUCCUUAUCAAACCCCAAAGCAUUGUGUCUAUCCACCUUACAACUGGCAACAUAUUGUGAUGCAUCAAACCAAUAAUAUCAGUAAAAAUGGCCUUGGCAAAAUGAUGCAUAAUAAGGAGACAACUCCACUGGGCCCCCAGAACCCAAUCUGUAUAGAAACUGUGGAGAACAUGCAAGGCUCAUAUUAUUGCAAUCAGUUUUAUAAUCCUAGCUUAAUAGAUGAGAGAGGGCUGAAUAGCCAGUUUCUAAAGACAAACUCUGAAUUUAAAAAUACCAACUUUAUUCAAACAGUCAAACAUGAGCCCUUAGAUUCUCCUCCUAUAUCUGGCAGUGGUCAGAAUGGAGCCCAAAUUACUUUCCCUGAAAUGGCAGGUUCUCUUUCAAACAGAAUAAUGGGCCAGCAAACUGUGUAA